AUGUCUGUUAUUAAGAAUAAGUUAGAAUUGGUAGCAAGGGUUACAUAUGAAACAUUGUUAAGAUUAGGAGUUGUGGAAAAAAAUAAAAAUAAUGAUUUAGAUGGUGCUAAUGAUCAGGCAAGUUCAGGUAUUAUAAAGAUCAGAGCUAAUUCUUUGUUUUCAACUAUCAAGUAUAUAGAGAUCAUAACAACAGAAGUAUCUGAAGAUGCUACGUGUAUGAUAACUCUCUGUGAUGAUAAAGAUAACACUUUAGCUAAUCAUGUCUUUAAAUACGACGAUGAUGAUGGUAAUAAGGAUGACGUUGAUAAUAAUAGUUUGGAAUUAAAUAGUAUUAAGUUCCCUUUAAAUUGGACACUAUUUCAAAAUGAACAUAAGAAUCAAGUUGUCAGGCUAUCUAAUGUGAUAAUGGUUAGAUUAAAACUUCAAUCGAUGGUUUUGUCCUUUGAAAAGUCUGGUAUUUCAAAUAAAAAUGAUUCAGAGCCUGUUAAGAUAGACAAGAUACCAGUUGAGAGUAAUACCACUAUACUAUUUGGGAAUGGCACCAGUUCAAAGCAUUCAAAUGUGGAACUACCUAAAUUUGAAGAUGAAUAUGAGAUAAAUGAACCAUCGGCUACGUUUCAUUCAGAAGAAUUACAAGAGAGAUAUUUACCGGCAAGAGGGGGUUCUACGUAUGGAAGUAACGAUCUGUAUCCAAUGGGACAAAAGAACCCAUUAGGAUCGAAUUUAGGUCCAUUCGGCCCCCCAUCAAAUAACAGGAAUGAUGGUAGUAAUGAUAAUAGAGGAUCACCUGGACAAGGUGGGAUGAUUUUCGAUCCGUUUGGGCAAAAUCGAGAUGAAGUGUUUAGAGACACACAAAACAGACGAGGACCUGGAUGGGUUCCAGGAUCCAAAUACGAUGAUCCAUUUGGUAAUGCUGGCGGGUUUAAUGGGAUGGGAGGAUCAGGAUUUCCUGGCUCUGGUUCUGGUUCAGGAUUUGGAUUUUUGUGA